GCUACGGAACCCCUAUCGGUCCAAAAAGCGAGAAACAACUCACUGACUAGUACAGUCAAAAGGAAACGGUGUAACCUUGCAGUUAUUCAAUCCAACAUCGGACGGACAAUUAACGAUAAUGAGAGUUUUAAUAGGAGGGGGAUCUGGCUUUGUUGGCCGUGAGCUUACCCGCCUGCUCAGAGACAAAGGUCAUGAGGUCACAGUGAUAUCUCGCCAGCCUGGUCCAGGGAAGAUAACAUGGGGUGAGUUGGAGUCUCAUGGCCUCCCACCAUGUGAGGGCGCCGUCAAUUUAGCUGGAGAGAAUCUCAUGAACCCGCUACGAUGGUGGAAUGAAAGCUAUAAAAAGGAUUUAUUCUCCAGUCGUAUUGACACUACGAAAUCUCUGGCUCAAGCUAUAGCUGCUUCCCCCAGUCCUCCUCACUCCUGGGUCCUGGUGUCAGCCGUAGCUUGUUACAAGCCCAGUAUGACGGCCGAGUAUACGGAAGACAGUGAAUGGACACAAUUUGACAUCCUGUCCAAACUUCUGAAGGAGUGGGAGGCCUCAGCUGCUCUUCCUGAGAACGCAACAAAAACCACCAAACAAGUCGUCAUCAGGGCCGGGGUAGUAUUGGGCCGCGAUGGUGGUGCCAUGAAGCAAAUGCUGCUCCCCUUCUGGCUCGGCCUCGGGGGCACUCUGGGGUCAGGGAGACAGCCGUUUCCCUGGAUCCACGUCUCGGACAUGGCAGGAAUCAUCGUCCACGCCCUGGAGUCCCCUUCUGACACUCCCUCGCCGUCACAACAAGUGUUCAACGGGGUUGCGCCUGCACUGAACACCAACCUCGAGUUCACUAAAGAACUGGGCCGAGCCCUGAGGAGGCCCACCAUUUUUCCUGUGCCUGGCUUCGUCAUGAACGCCCUAAUGGGCGCCGAGAGGGCCGUGGUCCUCAUGCAGGGCCAGAAAGUCAUACCAAAGAGGACGCAAGAGGCCGGAUUUGAGUACAAGUACCCGGACUUGACCUCAGCUCUGAAAGAGAUCGUUGGGAGUUAACAUGUUGAAGGAAUGUGUGCUGAUUUAGCAUUUUCUGUAAUCGUGUGUUUAUAUUUACUGGAUUACAAGAAUUUACACACGACAGCUCAAAUCAAUGGUUGAUUGAGAACUCUGGAUCACACAUGGUCCUGAGGAGGACAUUUUAAAGUCCACAUCACGAUAGUUCAGCUGCAUUUGAUCUUCUCUUUCACAUCAAACUCAGAUGUGAGCAGAGAUGCAGAAGAGGACGCACUCUGAUGCCAGGUGUGAGCUUCAGUCUGGAUAAUCUGGGCUGUAGGGCGGCAACUGUUAAUCUAUGAUUAAUCGUUUAGUCUGUACAGCACCAGCGGAAUCAUUCAUUUAAGGUUUAAGCAAUAGAAAGUAACUGAAGAUCAGAACUGAAAAAUGCAGGAGGAGAUGACUUUAAAUGUCACAUCACUGUCUAAACUGCAGCAUACUUGUUGAGAUGGACUGAUUUGUUGAAGGUGGUGCACAAUAAAGUGAGUAAAAGUGAAGUUAUGACUUUUUAUUAAAGUAAUCCGAGGGUUAUCACAUGAGUCAGUAUUUUAACAAUUCUAGUGAAGACACGCAGAUGUUCUGUUCAACCAAAACAUGAGGAGUCGGCAGUUUUAGGGAGUUUCAAAAG